UAUUCCGGAAGUGUUCAAAAUGGCUUCCUCAGAAAAGAAACCACGGAAAGGAAUCUUAAAAACUUCUACAAGCUUUGACAAUAAUGAUCAUCAUUCGAAAACAAAAGAGAUGACAUGGGAUGAAAUGAAUAUCAUAGCCACCCAUCAUCCUCCAGACAAGGAUUAUGGUCACAUGAAGAUUGACGAGCCGCCGACCCCGUACAGUAAGUGUUCGGACCCGGAAGAUGAUGAGGAGGAGGGUACACUAGAACGACGGGGAAGUGUCAGUGACAAGAAAAAAUUAGAUGCUUCUUCUCUUACCUCAAGAUUGGAAGGUAUAGAAGGUCCAAGGACUAGGCGUGUGUCAACAGAGGAAGACGAGUCAAGCGACGAAGAGGAAGAGGAGGAGUUGACAGAAGAGCAGCAAGAACACAGGAAAGACUUUGAACAAAAGCGAAAACUACAUUAUAACGAAUUCCAAGCGGUCAAAUUAGCGAAGCAAUUAAUGGAAGAAGAGGAUGAUGAUGAAGAAGACGAAACAGGCGACGACGGAGACAAUGGUAGUAAUACACGCGAUAGUGUUCAAAUGCAGACUGAUCAGUCACCUGAUACCGGUGCAAAUUUAUCGUCAGGAAUUCCCGAGGAUUCAGGGACCUCUGCGUUAGGUCAGAAUGCCCUUGCAGAGACCACAGUUGAUGCAGCCGGCCACUUAGAAACUGAAAUAAAUUAGAUAAUGUUUUUUUUUUCAACUUUCUAAAAUUCAUUGUGUAGGAAAUUAAGCAUUAGUCAACUUGAUGUUUUGUAUAAAAAUUGUAUAUAUUGAUUUAAUGCAUAAAUUCAUUUAUUUUUGCAGGCUCUACAUGUGUUUAAUGUUUAGAAAAAUUAAGAAUUAAAAAUUGCAAGAAUAAUUUUAUAUUUUAAUAUGAUUCUCUUUCCAUUGGAGCUAAAAUCAGUCUUUUGUUUAAGGCAUUGAUCCUAGCAAUGGAAGUUAUGGAAAAAUAUUAAAUUGGUAGAAGAAAAGUCAGUGAAAAAAAAUGAUUUUAUCGAAUGUUGCAUGUUGUACUGUUUAGAACAGUGUGAAAGCCAUACCAGACAUCAGAAUGUUCGUGAUUUAUGCUUGGUUUCAAAAGAUUUGUCCAGUAAAAUGAGGUUAUUUCACAUUCUAAAAUAGCUGAACUUUUACUUGAGUCUCACGGUUGUGUCAGAAAACAUGUUAAAUCAAGUGAGUAAAAUGUAGCAGCACCCUGACCUUUGGGUCCUGCCAAAAUAGAUCUAAGGAUUCUCCGUUUUCAGACAGUAGUUCAUGUGUUACCAGUUUAAUGUAUUAAAGCACAUGUCCUGUGCAAGUCUUUACUAGUAGUACAGAAGGCACAGAGGAAUUGGUUGUUUUGUUUGUUAACUAAAAACUCGCUAAAACAAUCUGGUUAAACUCUCUGCAUUCUGAAAUAUUUAUGUCUGAUAUUUGAAAUGGCUGAAAAAAAUCAACAAAAUACAGGACUAAAAUUGCUUAUGGCUCAAACAGAAACCAUUCCAUGUAAAUUGUUUUUCAUGAAGUAUCAGACCAUUCAUUAAGACACUUCUGUAGCAGUUACUUAUAUUGGUUAAAAGUAUAUUAUUGCAAACAGUUGUCUAACAGCAUUCGAGUUUUGAUAGUGAAAUGUCAUUGACUUGUCUUUUCUAUGGUGAACUGUUCUAGACGUUUGAUUUUCUUUGGUGAACUGUUCUAGACUUUUCAUUUCCUAUGGUGAACUGUUCUAGAUAUUUCAUUUUUCUAUGGUGAACUGUUCUAAAUGUUUGAUUUUCUUUGGUGAAUUGUUCUAGACAUUGAUUUUUUGUUCUAGACAUUUCAUUUUCUAUGGUGAACUGUUCAGGAUAUUUCAUUUUCUAUGUUGAAUUGUUCUAGACAUUUCAUUUUCUAUGGUGAAUUGUUCUAGUCAUUUCAUUUUCUAUGGUGAACUGUUUUAGACGUUUGAUUUUCUAUGUUGAACUGUUCUAGAUGUUUGGUUUUCUAUGGUAAACUGUUCUAGAUGUUUGAUUUUCUAUGGUGAACUGUUCUAGAUCAUGAUUUUCUAUGGGGAACUGUUCUAGGCAGAGUAGACUCAGACUAGAAGCAUGCUGUUAGAUUAGACUUUGCAUGCACCGUCUUUUCAUCUCUUAGAAAGCUUUUCUUUUUUCAGGAGUCAGUGACAAAGUUGUCUGAUUUGAAGCAAAAUGAGGCCCAUCGCAAUCAGACUGUUUCCCCAGUCCAUAGUCCAAGAGUCAUCAAGUGGUUGGCGUUCCUAUACAUUUUUUACAAGCAUCGUUUCAGCUUGUCAUAGUGGACUUCCAAAAGUAUUUUAAAAAGGCUCUGAUUGCAUCGAAUGAAUAAAAAAAGUUUUUGACGAUUCAUGCUACUUCAUUUUUGUUCAGGAAAUACUAAAUCUGCUUUUACGUUUUCUUGUGUUAAGAAAUAAUGAAGUGUGAACUUACGAUUUUAAGGUCUCUGGAAUUGAAAUUAAUAAAAACAUAAGUAGCAUAUGGUGUUGUUGGUGUGUGAAAAGAAUGUGAUGUGAAUUCCUUUGUGCUGCAGUAUUAAUUUGUAAAAAAAUCCCAGUUUAGUCAGGACUUCUAGAAUGUCGUGAAGAAAUGCAUGCUCCAUUUUGUUUCGUGCUGUAUCUACAUGUAUGUUGAAGCUUAUCUCUAAUCAUGUUGAGAGGAUUUUGUAUGGUAUAAUCAUGUAAAACUAUGGCAGAAUGGCAUUAUUUUAAUUUUUGAAAAUGUUGAGAAAACAAUUUGCAAAACUACAUUUUGUGUUUAAUGUAAAUGUCAGGUUUUGCGCUGGUUCCUUGCUUUAUUACUGUUGCCCAUUGAUAAACACUUUGUUGAGUUUACAUGUGAAAAUAAAGAAAAGUGUCAUAUUUUACUAGAAAUUUAUUCUGGUAUGUAAAAAUAUUCUUGAAGGUAGCUUUACUAUUAUUUAGACUCUCAGGCUUUUUUUUGCCGUGGACAAAUACUUGACACUAAAUCUUGCCAGGUAUAUUUUUCAGGCUGUUAAGGUAGAUAUUUUUCUGUAUGAUCACAGGUGUAAUGAAAUUGCUUCAAGAAUUGCAAAUAAGUGCUAACUGAUAAAAAGUGCUAGAAGCAAUGAUAGAUUAUAUGAACUGUUGUAGACCAGUUUGCUAAAGCAAGGUUUAAAGUCCUGUUUUACUUGUUUUGUCUGUAAAAAAAUGGUGUAACCAUUGUGUUCAUUUGAGCCGCGCUAUGAGAAAAUCAACAUAGUGGCUUUGUGACCAGCAUGGAUCCAGACCAGCCUGCAUAUCUGCGAAGUCUGGUCAGGAUCCAUGCUGUUCGCUUUCCAAGUCUAUUGCAAUUAGAGAAACUGUUAGCAAACAGCAUGGAUCCUGACCAGACUGCGCGGAUGCAUGCUGGUCGCAAAGCCACUACGUUGGUUUUCUCAUGGCGCGGCUCAUUUAUGCCUGUUUCUCGUCAAUUCGAGCUUUCUCAUCGAUUCGAGCCCUUGUGUUUAAGUAAAAUUCAUGCUCAUGUAGCAUGUUCUUCCAUCAGAAACUUUUGUCAUUUACAUUUUAAAAUGCCUUGGAAAAUAUUAGUCUUAAAACCACUGAAAAAUUGAUGAAAUACCUAUUUUAAAUUUUUGCAUCUAAAAUUACUUAUUUCAAAAGGAAAUUACAUAGUGGGUAAUAUUGUGAGCCCAAAUUUCAAAUUAAAAGCACCCCGAGCAUAUUUCGACUGUUGUAACGAGUGAACAAGAAGUCAAACUUGAUAGAAAUUUGCUUUAAGGAAAUAGAAUAUGCAAACAUAAACAUUUAAUGACCUUCCAAACAGAGGGCUCGAAUCGAUGAGAAAGUUUUAAAAUGAUGUGGAGUUUCACCUCCUUCAGUCUCAUGCAAAAAAGUACAUAUAAAAGAUGAUAACAUUGUAAUUCUUAUUGCCCAUUGUUAAAUGCAAAUAUUUUUGCAACAAAAAACAAAAAUUAUUUAAUUGAACAGGUUUACAAAAAUUUGCACACCUCUAAAAGAUUUAAGAGGCUCGAAUCAAGGAGAAAGCAGCAUAUAUGUUGUGAUGUGUUGUUAUUGUCAGAUACGUGUCGUUAUAAUGAUGUCAUAGAUUUGUCAUACAAAAGAAUUUUUAAAAUAUGCAGAAUUAAAUUCAGUACAUGUACACUCAUUUGUACUCUUCAUCAUAAAGAACUGAUUAAGCUUGAAAUACUCUUAAAUGGUAGAAAAAAAUUUUUUAAGUGAAUUUCAGCAUUCUUUUGAUACAACAGUUAUAAUUUAUUCAUCAUAUUUCUAACCUAAAGCUUAUGAACUCUGAAUUUCGUUUAAAAAAAAAUUGGAACCACCGUCUUUCCUUGCAUAAUCAUAAUAGGCAACUUACAGGGUCUGAAAACUUGGUUUUUGCUAUACCUCUGCGAUUCCAACAAGUAUAAAAGUUCCGAUUCCAUACAUCUUACUUUCAUUUCGAUGUAAAAUGAGAUUUUAAACCUAAAUUUUUAGUCAUAGUGUUUGGCACAAUGUAACCUGUUGGCGUGCCAUAAAUCUGAAAUAGAAAAAAAAAGUGUGUAAUAAUUACUAUCAUUUAUUCAUUUUAAGGAAAUUCUUCAUAAAUAUAUUGUUAAUAAUUUCCUUGUUUCAGAAUAUUUUUACUGAUUGCUGAUUUACAAUGUGUAUGAUUGUUUAUUUAGGAUAAUGUUAAAAAAAAUUGUGUUAAAUUUUGUGUAUAGAUCUGUAUCUAGAAUAUGUCGUAUGUUGUAAAUGUACUGCUGGUCUGGUAGGAUACUCAAGUAUCAGUUGUUAACCUUUACCCUGCUAAAUUUCUAAAAUGGACUAGUCCAUUAUUCACUUUGGACAUUACCACUUGUUUAUCAAAGGGGUGUUCACUGAAAAUUUACUGACUGAAUAGGGAACAGUGCAGAUCAUGAUCAGCCUGCACGUCCAUGGAAGCUGAUCUUGGUCUACACCGGUCGCAAAGGCAGAAUCUCUUGCCGCCAGCAGGCUAAAGGUUAAUUAAGUUAUAAUACCAUGUAUACUCAUUCAAAAUCAGAUUGACCAUAUAGCGGUCUUAAAAGGCAGGUGUUUAUGUUCCUGAUUUUUCUCCAUGUGCACCUUACCACGGUUGGUACAAACCUGGCCAAAUUCAGUGUUUUGAAGUCAUUCAGCUGGCUUCCGGAAGGUAUCUGGCUCAAUUAGAGAGUUAGACCUUGCAUGAAAUAAUAGUGAGGGGAUGCCUUGGGUCUAUUAUUCAUAAAUUUUGUUUAUGCACUAAAACAAUUAUGGUUUGUGGUAUCACUAUUCCAAGAAUAACUUCAUGAAAUAUACAAAAAGUGACUUAUUUGAAUGAGUAUUUAUGGUAAAAUAAUUUUUACUAAAAUUGUUGUGUUAAAAAAAAGUUUUGUAAUGGAUCAAGAUGUAUAGUAAUUUAGUAUUUUUCCCUAGAUCCCUAAAAUUGUUAAUAAUUAUAAUUAAAGCAACUUCCAUUCCCAAAUCUGUAUAUUUUUUUUAUUUAGUUUUUUAGUUGAUUUGUUGAAUUUUAUAAUGGAGGCUUCUGGCUUGUUUAGUUUUUCUUUUGAUUUAAAUUUACUAAUAUUUAAUCACUCUAUUUGUAGACAUUGAAUCCCUUCCAAUGCUUUCGUUUUAUUUUCCCUCCAGACUAUAUACGCAUAUUUAUACACUUUUCUUCUCUUAGACCUUAUUCAAAGGUCUUAAAAAAUGUGUUUGUACACCAGUCUAUGAAUACAGACGUGCCAUUGGUCACUUGCAGUCAGCGAGAACCAAUCAGAUGCUUGAAAUUUUGGACUGGUCUCCAUACUAAAAUUUUACAGCUUGGUACUCUUGUUUUUGCUAUCAUAUCAUACUAACGGUUAUGAUUUAAUGUAAAUAACUGACAUGUAAUAUUUACUGAUGUUUAUUUUUUAAUUAUUUAGCUUAUAUAAAUGCUGAUUGAAUUUUUACCUCAUACAUCAACCGGUGUAGGAAUUUAGGCGUAUUAUCUGGUGGGCAUUUUUGAAAUUGAAUAAAAAUAUGAUGAGAAAACAUGUGUCCUAAAAAAGAAUGUUACAUUAGGGCUGUGUUCUUACUUACAAAUGCUUGCCUCUUGCUACUGUAGUUACAAAACCCCCCAAGGGGUAUAGAACUGUUGCAUGUCAGGAAGUAAUCCAGUUGCCUUACAGAGAGUUGGUUGUUCUAUCCAGGUGCCUGCUUUUACCAAAGUAAUUCUAAAGGAGCACCUAAGAUCUUCCUCCACCAAUAAAUGCUGGAACUGGAGACAUAUUAUCUUAAUUGUUUGGAGGAAUUAUCAGUUACUACUCCCGCACGAUAAUUUAAACGACAGCAUGUUUAUAUUAUUGUUUGAUUGUUAUGGUUCUCGUGUAGGUUGUCAAUGAUAGAAGUUAAGUGCAUACUGUAAUGUUAUACAAAAAUAUUUUCUGUAUUGACACGGUUUAAUGAAGAAAAAUCAUAAUAUUAUUAUCAAACAUGUUAUCGUUUGAGUUAUCGUGCAGGAUUUAUACUUGUAACUAAUACCAAAAAAAACUAACAAAUGAAUAUGGUAAUUUUGUUUUGGUUGGAUUCUCAAUCCUGCAGAUUGAAAGUUUCCAGUAAUAUUAGUACAGUUUAUUAAAAAAAUUUCCAGCAUCAGUGGAUUGGUUGUUUAUGCCACAUUAAAUGUUUCUAGGAAUACAAAGUAUCAUAAUAAAGUUGUCAAGUAUAUUUAUAAAGCUUUUCUUUUUCUUCAAAAUGGAUACAGUGAAAUGUGAGGAAAGCAAUCAGCAUUUGUUUGUUAGAAAAGGGGUCUUUUCUGCCAAGUGGUAAAAAGGGGAAACUGACUGCAAUCACUAACACUGAAGCGCAUGGUUUUAAAUUCUUACAUGUGAAAAAGGAGCUAUCCAGCUGGCUUGAUGCUUGACGGUGGUUCUGUCAAGGUGCAAGCCCGUACCUUAAAUAAUUUCUGGAAGAAAAAUAAUUUUGUUGAACAGUUGGUUUGACGUUAUACACAUGAAAACUAAAACAAACAGAUAUAAAAUUGAUGAAAUUAAUUUCCCGUUUUUAACUCUGCAAUUUAAGCUAUUCUGGGAAUCUUGUUACAGGAAUUUUAAUUUUUCUUUUUUAAAAGUUUUCAAAGGAGUUAAUCCAGCUUUAGUUGCUAUAUAGUGCUUUUUGCCACUCUUGAUUAAGCAUUUGUUAAGUAUAUUGCCUGCUAUGCAGAUUUGAAGGUGAUUUCAGGAUAUUGUACAGGAAACAAAGGUGUGUUAAAGUUUGAACAGUUGUGUGAAAAGUUGUUAGUUGUUACUGUUUCAGUCUGCAGAAAAUCUGUUAACACAUGGAUACAAGACUACAAGUGUGUUUUAUCAGUACAUAUAUUUUCUUUGUUAUUGCAUAUGCAAGCUGUAGAGAUACACCCCCUGGUUAACACUUUUUAUCUCAGGUUGUUGUUUUAGUAGUUUAAAAGUUUAUUUUAUUUGCUCAGUUGGAAAAUGAUUAUUGCAGUUUCUUCUGUGAGUAAAUGUAACGAUUUUACAGUAUAGGAGAAGAGUUUUACUUAAUACAUAUCUCCUUAUAGGGCAUGUUUAAAAGUGUAUGCAAAUUAUGUCUUGCUUCUUGAAAGAAAACAUUGAAUCAGACAGUUGGAUUUCUAGCAUCAACGAUAAAAACAGUCCCAGAAUGCAAGCUUGCCAUUGGUUGAGUGAAGCUUAAGUCAGCCAGUCACCUGAGAGCUUUGAGACUGAAUACAGUCUUUGCCAUUGGUCAGUUAAAAGUUUGAAGCUCAGAGUCGACCAAUCACAAGCUAAAGGUUUUGAGACUGGUCUUCAAACUCAACCUUUUUUUAUUUAUGAAAGAAAAUUAUAAACACAUUAAUUUGUGGUUUGUUCAGUCUGUUUGUACACUCAACAUAUAGAUGUUUUCUGAUAACUUUGCAUUUCAGUUUGAUCAAUCCUUUAUUUGGAAAAAAUGUUAAAGAAUUCUUUUAAAUAAGGUAAUAUUUGAUUGUCUGGGAAAACAUAACAAUUAUGCCUUUUUUCUCAAGCUUCAAGCCUUCUCAUUGGACCAAAACUUCGGAAUAUUACACUUUCAGCUAUAGUCUGUUGUCGGAAUUUAUGCAAGUUUAUCAGUUAAAAAUUAGUAAAGAAAAUGCAUCAGGCCAUUUAAAAAUCAAAUAUACAUAUUUGAUAAUGGAACAGUUCUUAUUUGAAAUCGGUGAAGUAAUCUAUUGCUUUAUUAAAGAAAGCUUUGACCACAUAUGAUCAAACUGCUUUUGUGCCUCGAAAGGUUUUUGGUGGGGUUGGGAGGGGGGCACUUAAAUUUGCCCUUGUCCAUAUGUCUGUCUGUCCAUCUGUAUCGUAUGUUCAAUUUUAUGUUGUGCAUAUCUCAAAAAAUGUUUCAACUAGAGUCAUGAAACGUAAGAUUAUUAUACAGCAUGUGAAGUUGUGCACCGAGGGUUUUGCUAGAGAUUUCACUUACCCAGGCCAGGGUUAUGGUCCUUAUCUUGGUUAGAAAUAUGCAUAUGGCCAUGUUUGCGUUGCUUGUGUCUCCUAGAGUCAUGGAACAUGAUAUUAUUAUUUUUAUUGUAUGUGCGUGCCAGAGUCCGUGCAUGCGUGCGUCCAUCCAUCCGGAUUUGUUUGUCCGGACCAUAACUUUGACAUGCAUGGAGCAAUUUUGUUUAUAUUUGGCAUGAAUGUUAACCUCAGUGAGACAAAGUGUUGUGCGCAAACCCCAGGUUCCUAUCUUAAAGGUCAAGGUCACAGUUGGAGGUCAAAGGUCAUGUCAGAUCUUGUCUGGCCCAUAACUUUGACAUGCAUUGAUGAAUCUUGUUUAUAUUUGGCAUGAAUGUUUAACUCAAUGAGACGUAGUGUCAUUUGCAAACCCCAGGUUCCUGUCUCGAAGGUCAAGGUCACAGUUAGGGGUCAGAUGGCGGACUGGACAAGUUGCCAGAGGACAUCUAGUAUUAACCUUCUGAAUCUUGAUGUUUUGUAGAGUCCAUACCUAUCCCACCCCAUUCCAAGGUAAUGUAAAAGAAUACUUAGCCUCACAUUGUCAACAAGUAAGAUAUGGCUGUACAGUAAGUGGGGGAGCCUGAUUGCCCCAUUUUUGUAAUGGAACAAUGAUAUGCUUUUUUUCAAUUCUAAAAAGAAAGUAAGUUUGACAGGAAAGUUUUCAAUUUGUAGAAACAGUACAACAGUCUCGGUUAAACAGGAUUAGGGCUUCGAUUUUUCAAUUAAUGUAAAUAAUUACGAGAAUUUUUCUUUCUGCAUAUUUUGCUAAAGAAAUAGUGCAUAUUUCUUGAUGUAGAUUUAACAACCUAAUUAUUAAUUUGCAUAUACUAAUUACAUUGGCAUCUUUUCUUAUUAAUAUUGUUUAAAAAUGACAUAAAUUUCCAGUUGACAUAUUGCAUCUGAUAUGAAACUUGAAUGUGUGUGGAAAAAAUAUAUAACUGUCUCAGGUCCUAUUGUAACUGCAGUUAAAACUCAGUAUCUUGAAUUCGAAGGGAUCGAGCGUUUAACUUCGAGAUAUCCGAAAUCGAAUUUAAAAUGGUAUUUUUUGCAUGUUUUUUCGGUGUGGACUUGAAAAUGUCUUUGAGAUGGCCAGACUUUUAAGAUUACCAAGUUCGAGAUAUCGAGUUUCAACUGUAUUUGCAGAUCAAAAUUACUUACUUACAUGAGAAAACCAACAUAGUGCGCAGUCUGGUCAGGAUCCAUGCUGUUCGCUUUCAAAGCUUAUUGCAAUUAGAGAAACCAUUAGCGAACAGCAUGGAUCCUGACCAGACUGUGCGGAUGCGCAGACUGGUCUUGAUCCAUGCUGGUCGCAAACACACUAUGUUGGUUUUCUCAUGAUGUGGCUCAUUUAAUAAGAUACAAAAUGUAUGAUACAGUUUUGUAAUCAUCUUGUAGACAUAUUUUUGAUGACAAUUUGUUAAAAGUGUUUGUACACCACACUACAUUGUAUAUUUGUUUUGUUACGAACACACAUUUUCACAUUCUCUCAAACCAGAGGUCUACCAUGGCUUGCCUUGACUAUAUGGAACCUCUUGUAGAUGAGAAUGUUAAAUCAAGGCCUAACGAAAGUUUUAGAUUUAAGAUGAAAUUAUGUAUAAAGUUUUUAAAAAAUUUAGAAUUAAGUUGACAAAGCUUGAAUUUGAAUGUACUAAAAGAAUAAGGUUUAAGAUCCUGGAGCAAGGAUUUUUUCUCACUGGUAGUGUCUGAAAGUCUAAAAUAUCUCAUUUUUAUUUACCCCCCCCCCAAAAAAGUUUUAUAAUAUAAAGAUUAAUAGCCUUAGGUUGCCCCUAACAAUUUGUUCUUCUUAAAGCAUGAUAUAUUUGCUUCUUCUUUUUAGCACACCUGUCACAUAGUGACAAGGUGAGCUUUUGUGAUCACCCUUCGUCCGUCGUCAGUCCGUGCGUCAACAAUUUCUUGUCUGCACGAUAGUGGUUUCAUUUAUGAUUUUAUUUUAACCAAACUUGCACACAACUUGUAUCACCAUAAGAUCUCGGUUCCUUUCUUGAACUGGCCAGAUUCCAUUAUGGGUUCCAGAGUUAUGGUCCAUGAAAGGGCCAGAAUUAGCUAUUUUGACCUUGUCUGCACAAUAGCAGCUUCAUUUAUGAUUUUAUUUUAACCAGACUUGCACAUAACUUGUAUCACUAUAAGAUCUUUGUUCCUUUCUUGAACUGGCAAGAUUCCAUUAUGGGUCUCAGAGUUAUGGCCCCUGGAAGGGCCAGAAUUAGCUAUUUUGACCUUGUCUGCACAAUAGCAGCUUCAUUUAUGAUUUGAAUUUAAUCAAACUUGCACAAAACUUGUGUCACCAUAAGAUCUCAGUUCCUUUGUUGAACCGACCAGAUGCCAUAAUGGGUUCCAGAGUUAUGGCCCCUGAAAAGGCCAGAAUUAGCUAUUUUGACCUUAUCUGCACAAUAGCAGCUUCAUUUAUGAUUUGAUUUUAACCAAACUGGCACACAACUUGUAUCACCACAAGAUCUUGGUUCCUUUCUUGAACUGGCCAGAUUCCAUCAUGGGUUCCAGAGUUAUGGCCCCUUAAAAGUCCAGAAUUGGCUAUUUUGGCUUUUGCAGCCAUAUAGAGACUUCAUUUAUGGUUUUAUUUGAUACAAACUUCCAAAAUAUCUUCAACAACAAUAAAUCUUGGAUUCCAUGACAAAUCAGAUCCAAUCGUAGGUUCCAGAGUUAUUUUAUAUCUGAUUACCUCCCCUGAUUGUAAUCAAAAUGGAUUUAUAUCAGUAAGUACUUAUAGGACUUAUUUGAAAUUUCAUUAUUGUCAUUAGUUGGACUGAGCCAAUCAGGGUAGAUAACUAUGGACUGAUUUUAUGUCAAAUUACCUCCCUUUAUUUCAAAUUAAAAUGGGUAUAUCUUCGUAACUAAUGAAGAUACUGAUCUGAAAUUUCAUUUAUGUCCACAGAUUUAUAUGGCAGAUCCUUCUUUUGUUAACUUACAAUAAUUUUCUUUUUAAUUACUUCCCUAAAUAGCUUAUUUUUAGUAACUUUUUUAUUAUUGGCUGUAGGGAAAAACCGAGACCACUUUUUUGUGGUACAACAUGGAUGGUACCUCCAAUUUUUAGGUGUAUUUUGACAUAUCUGUACCUUUUAAGAAUUUUUAUUUUCUUUUUGGUUAAAUUUCUUCCCUUUGUUGUUCCUGUCCUUUGGACUUAGAUAUUUUUUCUGAGGACAAGAAGUGCAGUGAUAACAGGUGAGCGAUAUAGGGCCAUUAUGGCCCACUUAUUUUUUAUUCCAGUCAGUUUAAAACAUAUUUUCAUCAUAUUUCAUUACUUGUCAACCUGAGUAACUUUAAAUGUUGAAAAAGGGAAAGAAUACAGUUGUUUUUACGAACUGCGUGAAAAGAAAGUGGGACUAUUUCAUCAUUUUUGUUCAUGUAAAACAGAGGGAUUCUGAUAACUUUUUCUUCCUUGGUGUGAACAUUAAAUCUUUUUUUAGAAUGCUGUAAAAUCAUUGAAUUUCUCGGGUUCCAAAUUUUGUGGUUUGGGCCAGAACAACUGUUUUGUGGGAAUAUGAAUUCAUGGAUUUCACAUUUUGAAUGUAAAAUGAAUAAGAAUAUUACUUAUUUUGGAUAUAAUUUCAUAGAUUCAUUGAACCAUGAAAAUUAGUCCCUCCCACAAUACUAACAAUUUCACACUGAAUAAUCUGUCCUGUACAACUAAUUAUGUAUUGAGAGACCACCUAAGAAAUGGACAAAAUCUGGUCUGUUUUAACGCAAGUGGUCAUUUAUUACAUCAUUUGUUCUUACACAACAUGAAAAGGAACUCUAAAAGCUGUCUCUAAAAGAAAGUGGUCUCUUAAUAGAUGUGGUCUAUCAAGUAAAGUUUUGACUGUAUUUACAAAAUUUCAACAAGAAAGUCUUUAUAGAAAGUAGAUUGGGAUAUAUAUGUGCAGGUUUUAAUUUGUUUUCACAGUCCAUGUAGAUCAUGAUCCCAAGAAGAUUCUAAUGGUUUACCUCCAAGUUCUUGGAAAAAACUAUUAUUGAAUUAUCAUGGAACCUUUUUAUUCACUACCAUAGCUAAACAGUCUGUAUUUCUUUGACAAAAAAUGGGUAUCAUAAAUGCAGUCAGUCCUGUAUGAAGCAGCCAGUUAAGUGACCAGUGUGGCUGCUUAAAGCAGGUGGCUUUUAAAGGCAGAAGUGCAAAAAAUUCAAGUGUGGCUGCUUAAAGCAGGUGGCCUCUAAAGGCAGAAGUACAAAAACAUUAAAGUGUGGCUGCUUAAAGCAGGUGGCUUUUAAAGGCAGAAGUACAAAAACAUUAAAGUGUGGCUGCUUAAAGCAGGUGGCUUUUAAAGGCAGAAGUACAAAAAAUUCAAUUGUGGCUGCUUAAAGCAGAUGGCUUUUAAAGGCAGAAGUACAAAAAAAUUCAAGUGUGGCUGCUUAAAGCAGGUGGCUUUUAAAGGCAGAAGUACAAAACAAUUCCAUCUGAGAGUAAGCUAACUGGCUGCUUAAUACAUGGGGCUGCUAUAUCAGGUUCAACUGUACUUUGUAUAUGAAUAUUACGAGUUUGUUUUUGUUCAUUUUUAUUUCUUGAUUAUGUCUAUUUUCAUAGAAGUGUUUUCAUCUCAUUAGGAGAAUAAACAUGAUUUUUAAGAGAUUUGAUGACUUGUUGAAAGUGCUUAAACAUGAUAGUGCAAAUAAAUUAUCUCGUACCUUAA